AUGAACACACGACCUCCAUACCCGCUGAACAGACCUGGAACCCGUGAUGUGACGCGCCAAAACGGCGCUGAGAAAGAAUGGAGAAGCUGGCCGUCGGUGAAAGCAACCAUUCCUAAUUUGCCCCACGGUACAACAACCUACGAUAUCCAUAAGAAUCUACAGCGCUUUGGGAGACUAGAGUACAUCCGCAUCGAGGAGACUCGUCAAGGCAACUUCGCCAGAUUUGCUCAGGUUGUUUUCAAACCCCCGCCCGUUCGGAGAGCUCCAUGGGACCCGGCGUACAAACAUGGCAUUGAUUUCCCUCUUCGAAGCAAAGAUGGUGAAAGACCAAACAGAGUCAGAGUGUACUUGUCCCAAAACCAACCCACAAUUCAAGUCUUUCAGAGUCGUGCUUACUCUGGCCUGACAUAUCCGUCCGAAAUGACCUUGUUAGGCUACUCGAUCGACUUCGGCUAUCUUCAAAAUCCGUCACUGAUGGUCGUUAAGGCGAGCAAGUCCGAAAUUCAUGGUGGCGGUGUCAGACUGCUUCUCAAUCUGAAACGCCUAGAAUUGGAAGUCCACUUUCCCGUGCUGAUCAAAUCAAAGGGCAAGACCAGCGAAAGAGUUUACCGAUUCUUUCUAGCUCUCGACGAUCAAUUUUCUCUCUCUAAGGUUCCAAAUGGAGUGUUGUCUUCAUUGGUGAUCCAUGCAAAGCAUCCGCCCUGCUAUUCAAGGCAACUGAAGGAGGCCAUGCAGCUGAGCCACGACCCGAAGUCAUACAGAUGGUCCGCGGAUGAUACAUGGUCUCGACAGACCGACCUUGUCGACGAAAAGGAAACAUACACAAAGAUCGACAGCAGUCCUGUGUCAGUGCAAAAGCUCUACAACAGCAUUGACAUUGGCCGUUGGACAACCUUCCGGGUCACUAUCAAGCCAUGCACUGACCGCCCCGACAGUUCUUUGGAAUUCUUCCUUAAGGCUCUGGCAGACUUCAACAUACGCAUCACUCGUGAUCCUUCGUUCAGGGUCGUAUCAGGCCAAAGUGGCGUGGCGCCUCUUUGGCCUACAGCAAUGCGACCUGAGCGUGCGAAGCAGAUGCUCGUUCAUGUCGAUUCACACCAACAGAGAGUCUACGAUCCCAUGUCCAUCUUUACCGAUCUUCGUUACUCAAAGCCUGUCCGUGCUCGUCCACUGCCAGUGAAUUGCGCGGAGAUAUACCAUGCCACGGUCACCGCAACCCGAAUCCUCUUUCACACCCCGUCCGUCGAGAUCACCAAUCGUAUUGUGCGGAAGUAUAGGCGCUUCAGCGAUCGAUUUCUUCGGGUCCGCUUCGAAGAUGAGCCAUAUAGGGGCCAAACAAGGCUCUAUCCCGCAACAAAUGGCAAGAUGAAGCUCGUCUUUGAGAGAGUUCGUCGUACACUGAAAAAUGGUAUUCUUCUUGGUGAUCGACAUUACGAGUUUCUCGCGUGGGGCAACUCACAGCUCCGAGAACACGGAGCAUACUUCUUCGCUGCCUCACAGAACCCCGUCAUCACCGCCGACAGUAUUCGCAGAGAAAUGGGCACUUUUGACCACGAAAAGGUUGUCGCAAAGCGAGCCGCGCGAAUGGGCCAGUGCUUUUCUACUACGAAACCAGUUCCGGUGCUUAGCAGAAAUAGUUGGAAAAGAGACCCGAUCCCGGACAUCGUGAAUGGUCCUUACACUUUCACCGAUGGAGUGGGCAAAAUCUCUCCUCUUGCUGCUCAGCUUGUCAAAACUAACCUCAAACUUGGUGGCGAGCACCUGCCUUCAGCAUUCCAAUUUCGACUGGGUGGCUGUAAGGGCGUCCUGGCGGUGGAUCCCAAGCUCAAUGGCGUUGACAUCAAAAUCCGUCCGAGUCAGUACAAAUUCAGCUGUGAGUCCGAUGAGUUGGAGAUCAUUCGCGUGUCGGAAUUCUGGCAACCAUUCCUCAACCGUCAGAUCAUUUUGGUGCUCUCGGCGCUCGGCGUCCCUGAUCGCGUAUUCUUGCACAAGCAACUGGACUGCAUAAAGGCAUUGGACGCCGCUCUCGUCGAUGACAAAGCUGCCUUGCGAGCGUUGCGCGCCACCGUUGACCCCAAUUCAAUCACCCUGAGCAUCGCUUCCUUGAUAGAGGCCGGGUUCAGCCACAUCCAUGAACCCUUUGUGACGUCUCUGAUACGGCUUUGGAGGGCCUGGACCUUGAAGUACCUGAAGGAGAAAGCGAAGAUCCCCAUCACUCAAGGAGCCUUCGUGCUCGGCGUUGUCGAUGAAACUAGGACACUUCGUGGCCACAUCAAUGAUAUGCAGCCUGGACCUGGCGCAAGCCAACAGGAGAAGGAGAGAUCGUUGCCAGAGGUCUUCAUCCAAUACACCGACCCGGAACAAAAGGGAGUGCGCCGCAUUGUGGAAGGAAUUUGUAUCAUUGCCCGAAAUCCGUCCUUGCACCGAGGUGAUGUAAGAGUGGUCAAAGCCAUUGAUGUGCCACAUUUACACCAUCACUGUGAUGUGGUGGUCAUGCCAGCGACUGGAGAUCGUGACUUGCCAAGUAUGUGCUCAGGCGGUGAUCUCGACGGAGAUGACUACAUUGUGAGCUGGGACCCAGAUCUCAUUCCUUCGGAAUGGAAUGCCGAACCCUUUCAUUAUAAUGCUCCGAAGCCAAUACAGAAAGAGCAGAUAUCUAUCGACGAUAUUAUCAAUUUCUUCUACGAUUACAUGCAGAAUGAUUUCCUCGGAAGGAUCGCCAAUGCUCAUCUCGCAGCUGCUGACUACCUCCAUGACGGAAUCAACAGCGAGCAAUGCCUCAAGCUUGUCGAGCUCCAUUCGUUGGCUGUUGAUUAUCCCAAGACCGGCAUCCCUGCCGAGAUGAGUCGAGACCUUGAACGAAAUAACUGGCCUCACUUCAUGGAAAAGAAGCGAACGGGGGGAUACCGUUCUAAGAAGAUUCUAGGUCAAUUGUACGAUGCAGUUGAGAGAGCGAAAUUUAAGCCGCAUUGGUCAGGGAAUUUCGACCCCCGAAUCCUCAUGCAUACACCAGCAGAUGAGAUCAGAGAUAUUGUCAGCAAUAUGAAAAAGAGUUACGAUGAGAGUCUGCGGCGCAUCAUGGCUCAACAUCAAAUUGGUUCCGAGUUUGAGGUUUGGUCUACGUUUGUACUCCAUCACAGCAAAGUGUCUAGAGAUUUCAAGUUCCAUGAAGAGAUUGGACAGCACGCCAAAACUUUGAAGGACCAAUACUACGAAGCAAUCUGCCAGGAGGCUGGAGGACAUGAGACUGAGAAGCUUAAGCCAUUCGCGAUAGCAGCUUAUCAUGUCACUCACGACGAAUUUCGAGAGGCACAAACACACCAGCAAGACGUCCAAGAGGAUGACUCAGAGACUGCUAAUUCAGAUAUACCAGGCUUGGCUUCUUCGACAAUGCCAUUUAUAUCCUUCCCCUGGGUUCUUCAGGAUACACUGGUGAAAAUUGCAAGGAACACAGUUCUGCAUGACGGAGGCGAGGCAUUGCAGACUGCUGAUCAACGGUCAACGCGUAGUGACGAUGCGGCACAAGUGGAGACUGACCCCUUCCUUGAAGGAUUUGGUCGCAAAUGGACCUAUCAUGGGGAGCAUUUGCCUGAUCCGUAUAUUCCUGUCACGGAGUGCGCGGACAAGGCUCUGUCAGAAAUUUUACCGAACGAAAUGUUACGCGCAGGGACGAUGCCACCACCUCCUCUAAGGGAAAACCCAACAGCAAAGCCUUCGCCUGGCGAACGACACGUUCUCGACGCAUUCGGAAACAUGGACGAUCAAGCCGUGUCUGAUAUCAGCUCGAUGGCUUCUUCCAACGUCCCCUCUGUGGUUUUAAGUAACAUGAGUGCAUCCACCAGCUCAGACGAUAUCGACCCUCCUCCUUCACCUGAGUGUCUGGCAUCUCAGGUCCUGCCAUCUUCCCGAAUCUCCAGCUCCAAUGACACGGGCCGGUUCCAGGACCUCCGCAUGCCGACUUCAAAUAACACCCAUCCACUUGCCGUUCACAAGAAACUGCCGCUCAAAGACCCGGUUUUGAUGACACAGGAAGAGCUUCGCGCCUUUGGGGUGGAGAGUGGCGAUGAGGAUGACUUUACCUUCUAG